AGUCCAGGGGCCCAGUCCCUACGGUGGAUGCUAUUGCUCGCCUUUUGCUGUUCUCUUUUGGGAAAUGCGUAUGGAACGCAUCACCAACAUCAUGGUCACCGACACCUUCACCAUCAAGUGCGUGAUGUGAAAGCCUCGGCUUUCCCCACCGUGACUUCUUCUUCUUCCCUUCCCUCCACUCUCGAGGAAGCCAAAGGGAUAAUCAAAAAUGCGCAAGCGUCUUUGGCGGUCAUGAACAAAGGCCGGUUAGCGUAUCCGCAAUGGAAUCAAUACAUAGCCCAGCCUGGGUCGAAAAAUGUAACCACCCCAGUGGCACCUGCACUUGGCACGAAGCAUCUGGCGACAACUCAUGCGAUGGUUGCCAAAAUCGCUCUGAAUGAGUCAAAGACGGAAAACCAGGGCAGCCAAAAAUUUACCUACACCAUUCCAUCUGCGGUUGCUCAUGCUGCCAAAAUUGUUGCUGAAGCUUCUCCUCAAUCUCCGCCUGGCUCUCAUGGUGUGGAUAUUGCAGAAAUCCGGCGCAAAUACCGGCCCCAGCGGAAUGACACCAACAGGCCAGCUCAGAAGUACGCGCAGUCCAAUGGACUAGACGGAUAUGUGCAUGCUCAUGCUCCCAUGAACUCUGCUCUGACUUCGGACUCGGGGGCCGACGAGUCCCAACUGACCAAGCGAUCGUCCGCGGACUUCUGGCUCACAACAAUGACCCAGAGAGGCUCCAGUCCAUACGCACCAGAAGGAUAUAAGGUCUGGAGAAAUGUUAAAGAAUACGGUGCCAAAGGUGACGGCGUCACCGACGACACUGCCGCCAUCAAUCUUGCCGUCUCUGAUGGCGGGCGAUGCGGAGCUGUUUGUGGCUCUAGUACUAUCUACCCGGCCUUUGUGUAUUUCCCCCCUGGCACGUAUCUGGUGAGCUCGCCAAUUAUCCAAUACUUCAACACGGAGUUCUUCGGAAAUCCCCUUGAUUACCCCACAAUCUUGGCUGCGUCCAGCUUUGUCGGUCUUGGCGUUAUCACCUCCGACGUCUAUACUGGGGACACUACUGAGUGGUACAUCAAUACCAACAACUUCCUUCGAUCAGUUCGAAACUUCAACGUUGAUGUCACGAGAACACCACUGGAUGCCUAUGUAUGUGGAAUCCAUUGGCAAGUGGCGCAAGGAACAUCGCUCGAGAAUAUGGUCUUCUAUAUGUCGCAAGAUGAGGCAACUACCCAACAGGGGGUAUACAUGGAAAACGGCAGUGGUGGCUUCAUUACCAACUUGACAUUCGUUGGUGGCAACUUUGGAGCAUACUUUGGCAAUCAACAGUUCACCACGUCUGAACUUACCUUUAUUAACGCAAAGAACGCCCUUCAAGUUCAUUGGGACUGGGCCUGGACUAUGCAAGACGUGAUUAUCGAGAACUGUGUCAAUGGCCUGGUGAUUGUUGGCGGAGCCGGCGGUAGCAUGAGCACUGGACAAUCCGUUGGCUCACUGGUCUUAAUGGAUGCUCUGAUCAUCAAUACGACAAACGCAAUCGUGACAUCCUUGUUCGCGGAAAAUUCGACCUCUUUCCUCCUGCAAAACUCUAUUUUCAGAGACGUGACCACCGCCGUGCUCGAUAGUGCUCAGGGUACAGAGAUUCUAGCGGGCGGAGCUGCUUUCGGGAUUGAAUCGUGGGGCUUUGGUCGCGUCGCUACCUCUAGUACUAACAGCACAUUCUACAACGGUCAGGAUAUCCCCGCCAUGGAGAGACCUGUGUCGUUGACGUACAUGGGAUAUGACAAGCCCAAUUUCUUCCAGCGUCGUCGACCUGCUUACACCAACAUUGGAAACACUCAGAUUAUCGACGUGAAAGAAUGGGGUGCUGCUGGGGAUGGCACAACGAAUGAUGGGCCAAUUCUGAACAGCAUCCUGGGCCGCGCUGCGAACCUUUCAGCCAUUGUCUUUAUCCCGCAUGGUAUUUACAUUGUUGAAGAUACACUGCAUAUUCCGGUUGGCUCUCGUAUCAUCGGUCAGGCGUGGUCCCAGAUCAUGAUGAAAGGGUCGAAGUUCGAGAACCAAUUAAACCCCCAUGUUGGAGUUCAAGUUGGCCAAACUGGCGAUGUGGGAAUCAUCGAGAUUCAGAGUCUGCUUUUCACGGUCUCUGGUCCUACUGCUGGUGCUGUGUUAGUGGAGUGGAAUGUCCACCAAUACACCCAAGGCUCAACUGCCAUGUGGGACUCUCAUUUCCGAGUUGGCGGCGCAAAAGGGUCUUCUCUGCAAACCUCCCAGUGCGACAAGAGCGAUACCGCAGUUAAUUCAGCCUGCGUUGCAGCAUCGUUGCUUCUACAUAUAACUUCUCAGUCUUCGGCCUAUCUUGAGAAUAUCUGGGCGUGGACUGCCGACCAUGACCUUGAUACAACAGCCCAAGAACAAAUCAAUAUUUACUCCGGACGAGGCAUUCUAGUGGAGAGCCAAGGCCCGACAUGGUUAUACGGCACCUCCUCUGAGCACAACGUUCUCUACCAAUAUCAAGUGUCCAACGCCAAGGAUCUCUACAUGGGCAUGAUCCAGACCGAAUCACCAUACUUCCAGCCCACUCCUCACGCUCCCCAACCGUUCAAAACGGGUCUAUUUUCCAAUGACCCAGUCUUCGCAGAUUGUGAUUCCUCGGCCAACUGCUUUGCCUCCUGGGCUCUUCGAAUCAUCGACUCUUCCUCUGUUUAUGUCAUGGGCACAGGUAUCUACAGCUGGUUCUCCGACUAUAGCCAAGCUUGUCUGGAUACAGAGAACUGCCAACAACGUGCAGUUGAGAUCUCCCAGAGUACUGAUACUUGGAUCUACAACCUUGUCACGAAAGGCAUUGUAGAAAUGAUCUCUCCUGUCAACGAAGACCCGACUCUCGCUGCCAAUAAUGUCAAUGGAUUCAUGUCAUCGAUUCUGGCUUGGGUUCGCGGAAGCAAUACCACCAUUGGAGAAAGAACCUUCCCUGGCUUCCAAAUAUACACUGCCGAACGCCUUGAAGGAUUGGGUCUUACCGAGUCGUGCACCACGGCGUUGACACAGAAAGUCCUUUGCAGUCCAUUUUUGAAGACCUGGACAUCCCCGGGCAUUGGUCAAUAUUAUGAAAAUACCACUUUCACUGACAUGCUUUGCGACGCUGGAUGUGGUGAAAGCCUUGGAAGCUACGUGGAUAAUGUGGAAACAUAUUGCGCCAACCAGACCAUCGGCAGCUCGAUCCCAACCCGAAAUGGAGGCACGAUAUACCACAACUACAAUUUGACCUGUCUCAUGGAUCAAGAUACAAAUAAAUACUGUCUUGAUACUAUCAUGGAUUUCACUACCGUGGAAAGCGCGAAGGACAUGCCAACUGAUGAGUUGUGCUCGUACUGCUACACCACCAUGCUCGAAAUGAGACAGGCCAGUAUCUACAGCAGCUACAAGGAGUCCGACAAAGAGAACCUCGAGCUGAUUCAAUCAACAUGCCGCCUGACUGGACCCACCGAGCUGCACGAUCCGCCUUAUACUGUGACGCCAACUCCGGACCCCGUUUGUGUCUCAAACACAACCUACACAACCCAGUCCGGAGAUACCUGCGACAAGCUAGCAAAGCAGUAUUCCGUCGCUUCAGCCGCAAUCCUCUAUGCCAACCCAACUAUAAUUGGGAACUGUUCUGAUCUGCCAGCCAGUCGCGAUAUCUGCAUGCCCCUAGCCUGUGACACGCAAUACACGCUCCAAGAUGACGACAACUGCUGGCAACUCGAGCAUGACUAUGGGCUCGCUCCAGACUCCAUUCGUCAAUUCAACCCCUGGCUUGAUUCGGAUUGUCUGAGCAUGCAAGGCGCCCGCGAAAUUCUCGGCAGCGUCCUUUGCUUUUCUCCCCAGGGCGAUACCCAUAUUACAGCUGGUGACGGCAUCACAACAGCUCCUGGAAAUGGGGUUUAUGCACAAGGCGUGGUUGCACCGCCUGCGGACUCUACUGUUGCGCCUGGAACUACGACGAAAUGCGGUCGGUGGUACUCCGCGACGGCUGAUGAUUUAUGCGUCCAGAUCUGCUUGAAGUCUGGAAUUUCGGCGAAGCUUUUCAAAGCGGCGAACCCUUCUCUGGCGACUGACUGCGACAAUAACUUGGUUGCUGGUGAUGCUUAUUGCGUUGGGCCGGUUCCUCGCUGGAAUGAAACUGCGUACUGGACUGAGACUGUGUCAGGAACAUAG